AUGUCAGUCUUCACGUACGACCCUGACCCCCCACGGGUUUCGUCUCCUUGGCUCCAGUCCGCAGAUCCGGGGAAAUCGCGCGAGUCUUCGCCGGUCCCCGCCGGCCCCACCGCAUCAGGGCUCCUCUCGGAUUAUGGAGUUACCAAGCUGGAAGCUGAACCUCAGGAAGGGCCGACAGAGUAUAAACUGCAUCUACUCCUUCGGCAGAGGCGCAAGUUCCGGUACAUGAGUACUACCAACCGUGUUGCCGGUUCCCAACUGCCUCGUCCAACUCCUGCCGAGCCAAAGGCGCUCAGACAUCGUGCUGCCAGUGUUUCUACAUCUGCUCAGACGCGCCAGGCACGUCUGCUGCAACUUACUACCCAGCUUUUCUGGAGGUUGCGUCAGUCUUCGCCUUAUCAUGCUUCGACCAGCCAGGAGGUGGUGAUCCCACAGCUUGCAGACGAUUUUACUUCUUCAACUGUGUCGAUCAAGCCUGGGAAACCCCUUCCGGGUCUUGAAGAGUCCAGGGGUGCCCUCUAUGAGAUUGGCGUGGCUGACGAUGGUACCCUCGUCGGCCUCACCAAGGAUGAGUUGGAUGAAAGUUUCGCCAACUUACGGAUUAUGGCGGCCAGCUUAGGAUGCGUGGUUGAGAUUCUGAGGCGUGUUGUUGUUGGUGAGUGUGAGUGGGUGGAUGAUUCACCAUCUAAAGCCGCCCAUCGAGAGGACCUAUGGGUCGCCGAGGCUCUCGUGACUCCAAACAAAGGAUCUACCGAACGCAUCGAGUGCAAUGGCCACUCCAACGGUUCUGCUCAUCAGGAUGCGGCCAAAUCGGAUCCGACACCGAGCGAUGGCCCAUCCGCUACCGAACAGCUGAGAGUGACGCUAACCGGGCCAACAACCUCCGGUAAGUCGACCUUGCUUGGCACGUUGUCCACCGGUACACUGGACAACGGCCAUGGAAAAAGUAGACUCAGCUUGUUGCGGCACCGACACGAACUUGCAUCAGGUGUCACCAGCUCAGUGGCCCAAGAGCUUAUUGGCUACAGAGACAAUGAGGUCAUCAAUUAUGAUAAUGGGAAUAUCGAGUCCUGGAUUGGGAUUCACGACUUCACCGGAGACGGGCGCCUGGUGUUUGUGUCUGAUUCCGCUGGCCACCCACGGUACCGACGGACAAUCCUUCGCGGGAUCGUGGGCUGGGCACCUCACUGGACUCUACUUUGCUUGGCCGCAGACGAUGAUGAGGGUAUAUCUGUCGUCACUGGCCUCAAUACGCCUACGCAAGAUGGAACCGAGUACUCAACGAGUGGAAUCGAUUUGGCCAAAGCGCAUCUCGAGCUCUGUCUCAAGCUUGAGCUGCCUCUAGCCAUCGUCAUCACCAAAGUUGAUAAAGGCACCAAACCCGGUCUACAAAAGAUAUUGAGCAAAGUUCUCACUAGUAUCAAACAGGCCAAUAGGACGCCUCGGCUCCUUCACCCAGGGCGGUCGAGCAACCUUGACGCUGCUCAAAUAUCUGAUGAAGACUUGGAUAGCGUGAAGAAAGCCAUGGGGGAAAUGUAUGCCAGUGGUGACUUGCUUAGUACCGUCCCUAUCGUGUUGACUAGCGCGGUGAACGGCGCUGGCAUCGGGCUAGUCCAUGCGCUCUUGAAGACGUUGCCGUUACCUGCUGUGCCUACUUCCCAGGACUUGACCGGGCCGGCUUUGAACCCGGAACAACCCGCGAGUCUCUUCCACAUAGAGGUCGAGUUCAGCCUACCGGCAUCUCACGCAUCUUUGGGCGGAAGCGCCAACGACCAAGCGGACCUUGGAACCGUUGUCGCAGGUUAUCUUCGGUUUGGAACCAUAUCUGUUGGAGAUCAGGUCGUGCUUGGCCCAUUCCCAUCGGAUGAGGAUGACAACAAAGGCUAUGCCCCACCGGAGGGCCGACAUUCCCCUGCCAGCUAUGGGGUGUCCUUGACACAUCCUUCGGCGGCGGAACUGAACCGCUUCGCGACGCGCACUCCCGUUUCGGCGUCCACAAUCAAGGGGGAGUGGCAUACCGCCCGUGUCGUCAGUCUGCGCAACUUACGCCUUCCUGUCCUCAAGCUUGAAGCAGGACAAGCUGGCACUGUCGGGCUUGUCAUCGAUCCGCAGAAGGAACCCCGGAUGGAGGACAGCUUAUUUGAAACAGUGCCUCCGGUUGCUCCCAAGAUCAGGAAAGGGAUGGUUCUGGCCAUCCCGAGCAAGCACAUGCUCGACGGAGACAUCUCGUUGCAGGCCGCCAGCGGUCUCACUGCAGUCUUUCCUGGUCCAGAAGCAGCCACUCUUUCUGCCGGUAACCUAGUAAACAUCUAUGUCGCCAGCGUCCGGGCCACAGCAAGAGUUUUGAGGGUGUUUGAAAGCUCUGGAAGCAUAGGCCCCUAUGGCGGUGCAUCUCCUCGUGAGGACGAUGAUGAUGAUGUAUUUGGUUUCAACAAUGGGCAUGAUGACAUGGAGACGCAAGGUGACCAGUCUUUGGUCCACAAAAACGUAGAGAUUCGUCUCGAAUUGCUGAACAACAGGGAGUGGAUAGAGCUUGGCUCACGCAUUGUGAUUCUAGAGGGAAGUCGGCCUGAAAGCUCUGGCCUGGAGGGGUUUGUAGGUACCGUAGUGGAAGUGGUGGACUAG